UUUAGGGUUCUAGUAGAGCUCCGCGACGCAAUGCGGAGGCGCCGGGCUGUCGAUCUGCGCGAUCCGUGAGGCGCAGGAUGCCGCUGCUGGCCUGCACGAGCGAGCAGAGGCAAGGCUUCUCUAUGGAGGAUGAUUCCGAGAUUUACAGGGUCCGGAGCGAGUGUCAGGAUGUGGCGACGAGCUCCGCGCCGAGGCGGAGGCGGAGGAAGCUCUCGGCGGAGAAAUGGCGGGCUGCGUUUGACGCGCAAGGGCGGCUCAAUGUGAAGCGAGUUCUUCGGCACAUCGAAAGAGGGGGCGUUGCGUCGGAGAUUCGCGCUCACGUCUGGGAGUUUCUUUUGGGUGUUUACUCCCCCGGCAGCAAUGCUGCCGAAAGGGAAGAGCUUCGUCAAUCGCGACGUGACAAAUACUUGAAGCUCAAGGCCGAGUGUAAGAGAAUGGAUGCGGCCGUUGGAAGUGGCGAAGUUGUGAUAUCGCCGCGAAUGAAUGCCGACGGAGUUUCCAUGGAGGAGAAUAAUCCAGAAUCCAUUGAAGAGCAGACAAUAAAUGGAGUGCUGGAUCCAUCGCCGAGCGCAAAGAUUGUCCAGUGGAAAGUUCUCCUCCACCAGAUUGGACUGGAUGUAGUUCGCACGGAUAGAGUUUUAGAGUUUUACGAGGAUCCCAAGAACUUGGGAAAGCUCUGGGACAUCCUGGCAGUAUACGCUUGGAUCGACGAGGAGGUUGGCUACUGUCAAGGUAUGAGCGAUCUUUGCUCGCCGAUGGUGCUCCUUUUCCCGGACGAGGCUGACGCCUUUUGGUGCUUCAAGUGCCUGAUGCGUCGAGUGUUUAUCACGUUUGAUGUUGGCAAGCGGGAAAAUUUCAGGUGCACGAAUAAGAUGAUGGGGGUUCAGAAGGAGCUCUCCUUCCUCGCAGCUGCCAUGCGAGUAAUCGAUCCAAAGCUUCAUAGAACUCUAGAGGCACUUGGAGGGAGCAACUAUAUUUUUGCGUUUCGAAUGCUCAUGGUUAACUUUCGCCGGGAGUUUUCGUUCGUUGAUACGCUCAGCCUCUGGGAGAUGAUGUGGGCUUUCGAGUACCAUCCCGACCUUCAAAUUCUCUACAUGGAGUCCCCGGAUGGUCACAUUGACAACGUACAGCCGGACUAUAGAGCUGGAGGUAGAUUUGCAAAGCGGAACAUUAAGUAUGGAUCGCCAAGAGCCCUCAACGAGCAUCCGUCCCUGGCAGUUUUCUUUGUAGCCGGGAUCUUGGUGCUGCUACGAUCCAAGUUUAUAAAGAGAAUUCAAGGCCUGGACGAAGUCGUGAGGGCUCUGAACGAUAUGAGCGGCAAGAUAGACGCAUACCGAGCGUGCCAAAAAGCGCUCAAGUUCCAUAAGUUAUACCUGAAGAAGGUGAAGAAAUCGAACACAUAGUAACAAGUAUCUAAAAUAAGUGAAAUGAAACUUUGACAGAAACAAAGGUCGGGGCAAAUCUCGUAUCUAAUUCUGUUACGGGGUGUCGACUGGUUCUCGCAAGCAUUUAUACCUCGGAAGAAGUUUAUCCUUGUUUGCCUUGUAGCCGCUCUCUAAGAGAACUCUAUUCCACAAUCUAUUUUCGAUUAGCGUUGGAACUA